AGUUUGUUUAUUAUUUUUGUUGGGACAGAACGUAUCGAAAUAGUUGUUAGUAUAGUUUCUAAACGUGUGACGAAAGUGAAGUGACGGGUGAAAGAUUUGAUCCUAUACGUGCAAUGAAAUAUUAUUUAGUGUGGAAAGAAAAAUUAUAAUAUAAAUGUAAGACAAUAUAAACCAAAAUCUAUCUAAUAUCUAUUACCACCCGCGUAAAUAUCUCAAAAUCUUUUAUAGCGUAAGUGAUCAUGUGUUUUCCAUGCGUUCUUGAGUGACAGAGUUUGGUUAAUAAUAGACACAUCCAGGACCACGGGAGUUUGCUCGCAGUACGAGUACUUUGGAGCUACACCACCACAAAUUUCUAUUUAUUACGAAUCCUGACCGGACCAGAAAAUUGGAGCAACAAAUUCAUUACAUAUGCAAGUCAUAAUUUCUGGUGCUACAAAAUCCACAAAAUCUAAGAAAUGUUUCGUACUCUUUCUAUAAAAAACUUAAACUAUUGCUAAAAUCUACCCGACAAGGAAUCGACUCGAUAAAGGACUGAGAUACCACAAAAGAAGUAUUAAACAAUAACUGUGUGUUUGUGUUAAGCUCCUGUUAUUUUUGUCAUUGCAACAUUACUCACAAAUAACUUUGCUAUAACAAACUUUUGUGCAUGUAGCUCCAUAGCUAAAAAACAUUAUUUUGUGGACUUAUUUCGGAAGAUAAGCAUAUAACAUUGUCAUCAUGAACUAUUAAAAAGUGUAAUAUAACAACGAAUCUAAAAAUAGAUUGUAAUAUUUGUAUCGCAAUGCUUAUGAACAAAAACAAUAAACUCUACUUAAGAAGCAAUACAAAUGACACCAUCUAAAAUUUAUCUUAUCACAAAAUUAGUAUCUUAGUUUACUAAUGAUCACUAAGAUACAGAUAAACACAGCAUAUAAAUUAAAUCGACCAUAUACACGGAUUCAGUAUAUUCUAUAACAUUAAAUGCAUUAACAUCUAUACAAUAUCUAUAACAAGAAAUCACUAUGGAACAAUGCAACUAUGAAGGUGACAUCUCAAAUAUAAAUGAAAUACAACUCGAGUUUAUAAAUAAAGUGAUUCUAGAACAAGGCUUAAAGGUCAACAAAAUAGUUUUCCUACCAGUCGGAAAAGCUGGUGAUAAUUUUGCAUCAAGCGUUAAAAGGAUCAACAUUGAAACUGACAAUGGAAACACGAAAAUGAUUCUCAAAAUUGCACCUUCGAUUGAAUUGGUUCGUCAGGCUACAAACACUGAAACUCAGUUUAAAAAUGAGCAUAUUAUGUAUACUGAAGUUUUGCCCAAGUUUCUGUCACUUCAAAAAGCUACAGGAGUGCCGCAAGAAGAACAAUUAAGAUUCGCAAAAUGCUACGGAUCCUUCACUGAGCAACCCAACGAAGUUAUUAUUUUAGAAGACCUGAAUGAAUCAGAUUAUAUAAUGUUGGAUAAGUUUAAGUCUUUAACAGAUGAAUGUGUUAAGAGUGUCUUGAAAAGUUUUGCUAUUUAUCAUUCCCUAUCAUAUGUACUGCAGAAACAAGAACCAGAAAUGUUUGAUGAAAUUAGGAGCAAAUUGACGAGUAUGUGGUCACUUGUGUUCGAAAAACCAGAUUUUAUUAUGAUGAUAAAAGCAAUGGAAGCUGAAAUGAUAGCACUGUUUGAUAAUGAUACUCACAAAAGUAUCCUAGAAAAUAAACUUAGCAAUAUCAACCAAAUACGAAACGAACUACUAAAGAACGAAGAUAAUAAACAUUCAGUAAUACAGCAAGGCGAUGCUUGGACGAACAAUAUAUUAUUUAAACUGGGAGGAGAUUCAGUGCAAUCAGUCAUAAUUGAUUAUCAAGGAUCACAUUACGGGAACCCUGUGGUGGAUCUUUUCUACAUGAUCUUCAAUUGUACCGACCAUGAGACCAGGUCUAAACACUAUUACGACUGGAUAGACUAUUAUCACUCGGAGCUGGACAAGUCACUGUCGAACUUUGGUAUGGAAGUGAGUUAUGUUUAUCCCAGAAACCAGUUGGAUGCAGAUUUGAAGAAAUACUCAAGUAUGCUUUUCAGUGUCUGCGCACUUGCAUCUAAUCUUCUCAUGAGGGAUACAAACGAAGCCAGUGAACUAAUGGAAGCUAUGGAAAAUAUUGAAAUGAGUGAAAUGGUUGAAGCCAUGAAAAGUCAACAACUGCAAAGUAAGACGUGUGAUCGAAUUAAGAAGAGAGUGGGUGAUCUUAUAACUAGUUUCCAAGAAUUUAAGUAUUUGUGAUAGUUGCAAACAGACGGAGAACUUGUGGUAUACCUUGUGCGAAAUAAAUGCUCUGAAGAAAG